UCUAAUACUCCGUAUCUCUUGUUUGUCAAACUUUGUCCGAAUAUCAAACAUAAAAAAUGCUACUCCAAAAUAGACGGGGGAACCAACAAAGUUCCUUACUCUUACUCCAUUCCCUACCCACUUUGUUUGAAUGAUCAACUUUUUCUUCAACAUCAAAUGGGAAAGAGUCAUAGAGAAUAACCAUAACCUGUAAAAUGUUGUUAAGGUACAACUGUGCACCUGAGCUCAAGCUCAUCGUUACCGCCCUCCUCUUCUUCUGCGCCGUCGCCACCCUCUUUCAAUUUCUACCCACCCGAUUUUCUCCCUUCACCACUUAUGUCACACUCUGCCCCACCACCUCCAACAUCGCCACUGCCACCACUUCACCACCACCCCAACAACCCUCAGAUCACACGCUUGAAAACGGGGUCAUAAAACGAUCGUUUUACCCUGUCGGUACAGCUGCGUACAACUUCAUCUUUAUGUCAGCCUACCGCGGUGGUCCUAACACCUUUGCUGUGUUAGGACUCUCCUCGAAACCCCUUCAGACCUUCGGUAAUCCAACAUACACUUGUGAAUACCAAUACAAUAAUGGUUCUGUUAUGAUAGUUCCGGGUAAUAAGCUUCCUCUUGAUGACUUUGGUUACGGUCGAAUGUAUGUACUAGUAGUCGUGAACUGUACAUUCCCUUCAGAUACCGACCCUUCUAUUGGUGGCCGUCUUCUCUUCCAUGCUUCAACAAACGGCGGCUAUGAUCGUGUCGUUAACUCAACCGACACGAUCAUAGCCUUAAACGAGCUCCCUAGCUCAUGGCAACCUUCUCAAUUUUCCUCUGUUCCAAAAUACGACUACCUCUACUGCGGAAGCUCAUUGUUCGGCGACCUCAGUCCUCAGAGAAUACGCGAGUGGAUCGCUUACCACGUGAGAUUGUUCGGUACGAAAUCCCAUUUCGUGUUCUAUGAUGCAGGGGGUAUCCACCCUGAAGUAAUGGACGUGUUACAACCAUGGAUUGAACUCGGGUUUGUUACCGUGCACGAUGUUAAAGAUCAAGAGAGAUUCGAUACGUUUUAUCAUAAUCAGAUUCUUGUUCUGAAUGACUGUUUGCAUAGACAUCGUUUCGCUACGAAAUGGAUGUUCUUCUUUGAUGUUGAUGAGUAUAUUUAUUUAUCAGGGAAUUCGUCUCUUGAUUCGAUCAUGGAGUUGCUCAACGAUUAUACUAUGUUCAAUUUUGAGCAGGUUUCUAUGUCUGAUCGACUCUGCCUUACUGAAGAUGCUGGCCAAUUUCAUAGGAGAUGGGGUUUUGAGAAGUUGGUGUACAAAAAUGUGAAAGAAAUGAGGAGAGACCAAAAGUACGCAAUACAACCAAAGAAUGUAUAUGCAACAGGGGUUCAUAGGUCGGAGAACUUUGAUGGCAACUUCACUUGGUUGCCCGGCGAGAUGAUGAAGUAUUUCCACUACCACGGCACGGUUGCUGAACGACGUGAACCUUGCCGACAGCUCGUUAAAGACAAUUCUACAACCAUUGAAGACACCCCAUACGUUAGUGACACUGCCAUGAGAUUGAUUGCCCCUUUGAUUAAGAAGUUUGAGCUUCACACCAUUGGUUCAAGGCUUAUAUCAACUAGGUUUUGAUAAAUAGCUUGCUAGUGUCUCAUAAUCACAAUAGAAACUUUUGAAACUAUCCUUUUUUUUUUUUUUUUUUCAAAAGCUAGUUAGUAUUUCAUAAUUACAAUAGAACCAAUGGAUGAUGGUCAAAGAAUACGUCAUUUUGUAGUAUAGACUCCAAAAAAGAGUUUCACCAGGGAUCCGCGACAUUGUACUUUGUACCCUAAAUGUAAGAGGGGGAGGGGAACUUUAAAUACAUUUACUAAUUUACUAUUGUAUGGGAAAAAAAAUACUAUCAUAUGAA